CAGUGAAUCCUGGAAUUCGUGCAGAGUGCAGACCGGAGCCUGUGUGGGCGAGGGGAGGACGUGCAGCCGCUGCCUCCCUGCAUUCUCCUUUUCCCCUCUCCUUUAUAUAUGUCCUUCCCCCAUAGUGUGCCCCUCCAGCCAGCAUGGAGCUCUGCAGACCCUGCAUGUGGGGCUUCUUCCUAGCAGGGAUUGUCCUUGCACUCCCCCAGCAGAGCAGCUCUUGCCCCAGCCGCUGCCUCUGCUUCCGCACCACGGUGAGAUGCAUGCAUUUGAUGUUGGAGAACAUACCCACUGUGUCACCUCAGACUACUAUCCUGGAUCUACGGUUUAAUAGGAUAAAGGAUAUCCAACCUGGUGCAUUUAGACAUUUAAAGAACCUCAACACUCUGCUUCUAAACAACAAUCAAAUAAAAAGAAUACCAAGUGGAGCCUUUGAAGAUCUUGAUAACCUUAAGUACCUCUACUUGUACAAGAAUGAAAUCCAAUCCAUUGACAGGCAAGCAUUUAAAGGACUUGCCUCUCUAGAACAACUAUACCUUCAUGUUAACCACAUUGAGACAUUAGAGCCAGAAUCUUUCCAUCAUCUUCCCAAGCUUGAAAGACUGUUUCUGCAUAACAAUCGGAUCACCCACUUGGUUCCUGGCACCUUUAGUCAGCUGGCAUCUAUGAAAAGGCUGCGACUGGAUUCCAAUGCGCUACAUUGUGACUGCGAAAUCCUUUGGCUGGCAGAUCUUUUAAAGAUUUACUCGGAAUCCGGUAAUGCUCAAGCUGCCGCUACCUGUGAGUACCCACGCAGGCUCCAGGGAAGAUCUCUCUCCACGAUUACACCGGCAGAACUGAACUGUGAGCGGCCAAGGAUUACAUCAGAGCCUCAAGAUGUGGACGUUACCUUUGGGAACACUGUGUACUUUACAUGUCGAGCUGAAGGCAAUCCCAAACCUGAAAUUAUCUGGAUCCGAAACAAAAAUGAGCUAAGCAUGAAGGAGGAUGCCCGGCUGAAUCUCCUAGAGGAUGGAACAUUGAUGAUACAGAACACACAAGAAACUGAUCAGGGAAUUUACCAGUGUAUGGCAAAAAAUGUGGCUGGAGAAGUGAAGACUCAUGAGGUCUCCCUUCGGUACUAUGGAGCACCAGCCAGGCCCAGUUUUGUGAUACAGCCUCAAAAUACAGAAGUAUUGGUCGGAGAGAGGGUCACGUUAGAGUGCAGUGCAGUUGGCCAACCACAACCAAGGAUCACAUGGACUAGAGGGGACAGGACCCCUCUGCCACCGGAUCCCCGAAUCAGUAUUACACCAUCUGGAGGGCUCUACAUUCAGGAUGUUAAUCAAGAAGAUAGUGGGGAGUACACGUGUUUUGCAACGAACAGUUUAGACACCAUCCACUCAACUGCUUACAUUAUAGUCCAAGCUAUUCCACAGUUCACAGUUGUUCCGCAGGAACGGAACGUGUUUGAGGGACAUACUGUGGAUUUUCAUUGUGAAGCUCAAGGAAACCCCCAUCCAGUUAUUGCUUGGACCAAAGGAGGAAAUCAGCUGUCCGUUGACAGAAGACAUCAAGUCCUGUCCACCGGGACACUGAGAAUACUUCGCGUUGCUUUACACGACCAGGGGCAAUAUGAAUGUCAGGCUGUAAACAUUGUUGGGUCUAAAAGCACUGCUGCACAGCUGAUAGUACAAGCCAGAGUUACCCCAGUAUUUGCUACUGUACCCAGUGACAUGACAGCUGAAGUUGGCACUGAAGUUCAUGUUCCUUGUAGUUCUCAAGGAGAUCCACUGCCUGUUAUAACCUGGAACAAGGAUGGUAUUCAAGUAACAGAGAGUGGAAAAUUUCAUAUUAGCCGUGGAUAUUUAGCCAUUCGUGAUGUUGGCCCAGCAGACCAAGGACGAUAUGAAUGUGUGGCUAGGAAUAGUAUUGGCUAUUCUUCAGUCAGCAUGGUGCUGAGUGUUACAGUUCCAGAAGUCAGCCGCACUGGAGACCCCUUUGUCACUGUGUCUAUUAAUGAAGCCAUUGCCACAGUGGACAGGGCAAUAAACUCAACAAGGUCACAUUUGUUUGACAGCCGCCCUCGUUCUCCAAGUGACCUGCUAGCCCUUUUCAGAUAUCCGAGAGAUCCCUACACGGUGGAGCAAGCUAGAGCAGGGGAAAUAUUUGAACGGACCCUCCAGCUGAUUCAAGAGCAUGUCCAAGAUGGUUUGAUGUUUGACCUGAAUGGGACAAGUUAUCACUACAAUGAUCUUGUUUCACCUCAAUACCUUAACAUGAUUGCCAACCUCUCGGGAUGUAGCACCCACAGAAGAAUAAAUAAUUGCUCCAACAUGUGCUUUCACCAAAAGUACAGAACCUAUGAUGGCACCUGCAAUAACCUGCAACAUCCCAUGUGGGGGGCAUCUUUGACAGCCUUUGAGCGUUUGUUAAAAUCUGUCUAUGAUAACGGGUUUAAUUUACCAAGGGGAUCAGUUUCUAAUAGACUUUACAAUGGAUUUCCUCUGCCUUUGGCUCGUGCCGUUUCAAACCAUUUGAUUGGAACUCAUACAAUAACUCCAGACGAGCAAUUUUCUCACAUGUUAAUGCAGUGGGGGCAGUUCCUUGAUCAUGACUUGGACUCUACAGUAGUUGCGCUUAGCCAGGCUAGAUUUUCUGAUGGAGAGGAUUGCAGUGCAGUCUGUACAAAUGAUCCUCCCUGCUUCCCUCUUGAGGUCCCACCGAACGAUCCGCGAAUCAGGAACAAUGCUCGCUGUAUGUUUUUUGUGCGCUCCAGUCCAGUUUGCGGGAGUGGAAUGACCUCCUUGUUGAUGAACUCCGUUUACCCCCGGGAACAGAUGAACCAGUUGACCUCUUACAUUGAUGCUUCUAAUGUUUAUGGAAGUUCUGAUCAUGAAGCCCAGGAAAUCAGAGAUUCGGCAAGCCACCGGGGUCUUUUAAAGCAAGGCAUCGUGCAACGAUCUGGGAAACCUCUCCUUCCUUUUGCCACCGGCCCGCCCACAGAGUGCCAGAAAGACGAAAAUGAAAGUCCUAUUCCGUGUUUUUUAGCUGGUGAUUUUCGAGCCAAUGAGCAGCUAGGUCUCACCAGUAUGCAUACGUUGUGGUUUAGAGAGCAUAACCGAAUUGCUGCAGAAUUGCUGAGGCUUAACCCCCAUUGGGAUGGGGAUACUAUUUACCAUGAGACUCGCAAAAUUGUUGGGGCAGAAAUUCAACACAUAACAUACACCCACUGGCUGCCAAAAAUUUUCGGUGAAGUUGGCAUGAAGAUGCUUGGGGAGUACAAAGGUUACGAUCCCAACGUAAAUGCUGGUAUACUUAAUGAGUUUGCAACGGCUGCUUUUAGGUUUGGUCACACCCUCAUAAAUCCUAUUCUCUAUCGACUGGAUGAAAACUUUGAACCAAUUCCACAAGGCCACUUACCACUACACAAGGCCUUCUUCUCUCCAUAUAGGAUUGUAAAUGAAGGUGGCAUUGAUCCUCUUCUUCGAGGCCUUAUUGGUGUUGCUGGGAAAAUGCGGGUUACAUCCCAACUGUUAAAUACAGAACUAACAGAAAAACUCUUCUCUAUGGCACAUACUGUAGCCUUGGACUUGGCAGCAAUCAACAUCCAGAGAGGACGAGACCAUGGAAUUCCACCAUAUCAUGACUUCAGAGUAUUUUGCAACCUUUCCUCUGUUCACACCUUCGAGGAUCUCAGAAAUGAAAUUAGGAAUCCAGAUAUUAUCGAAAAACUAAAAAGAUUAUAUGGCUCGCCUCUAAAUAUAGAUCUGUUUCCUGCUCUCAUGGUAGAAGAAAUCAUCCAUGGAAGUAGGCUGGGGCCGACUCUGAUGUGCAUCCUGACUACACAGUUUAGGCACUUAAGGAAUGGAGACCGGUUUUGGCAUGAGAACCCUGGUGUGUUCACUCCGUCCCAGCUGACACAGAUCAAGCAGACCUCUCUUGCAAGAAUCCUGUGUGACAAUGGCGACAACAUCACCAAAGUGCAGCCCGAUGUGUUCAGAGUGGCAGAGUUCCCGCAUGGAUUUGUUGACUGCAAACAGAUUCCCAAACUGGAGCUACGGAUGUGGCAGGAUUGCUGUGAAGAUUGUAGAUCUAGAGGGCAGUUCAGCUCAUUCUCCGGUCACUUCAGAGGUAAACGCUCCCUGGAACACAGCUAUCAGGGGGAAAAACCACAGGGCGAUCAUUUCACACAGGAGGUGUCCAGCUCGCCAAACCAUAUUGUGAAUACUACGCUGAAUGCUGAACAGCCAAAGAAUAUGCCACUGGUCACUGACUUUAAAGAUUUUGUUCUCGAUAUGCAGAAGACUAUUACAAGUCUUAGAAAACAGAUCAAAAAGCUUGAAUCCCGGUUGAGCAGUACAGACUGCACUGAUGAGACUGGAAGGUCACAUACCACUAACGAGAGAUGGAAAAAAGAUCCUUGUACAAAAUGUGAAUGUAAAAAUGGCUCCAUUACGUGUUUUGUGGAAUCCUGUCCAACUACUGCAUGCUUGAUGCCAAUUAAAAAAGAAGGUGAUUGCUGUCCAGUCUGCACAGAUACAACACGACCCACAUAACAGUCAGAGAUGUGGGUGCGCCAUGGCAGCUGACGUCCACAGUACUACCAGGGUCACCGAGAGGCGCGCAAAUUUUGUACUGAUUAAGAGUUGGCGUCUCCACAGUAUCAUUCAAAUAUUUGUUUUGGUUUCUUUUUCUCCAUUUUUUUUUUUUCUUUUUUCUCCAUUUAGUUAAACCUAAAUCUCUUCUAAAGGGAAGUAUAUAAAGCAGUGACAGGAUAUUGAAAUUUGUGUCAGCCAUAUUUUAUUGGUUUAAAUGCUUCUCAGGUUAGGGAACAAACUGGUGCUAAUCACAUUCCUAUUCUGAUCAUGCCACCGCCGCAUGACCCAUACAUACUACAUUAGGUGAUUUUAUAGAAUUUUAUUUUUAAAAAUCAAUUUAUCAUAUAGUGACGGCAAUUCAUUUAUUUAAAAAAAAAAAUCUUUUUUUUUUUUUUUUGCUUUAAAGAACAUACUUUGCUUUAAAGAAAAUAUACCCUUUUUUUUGUCUCUGUGAGAGUAUCUCCAUUUUAUAAUAACUCAGGCCCGGCUUUUGACAAGAAUGUUGAGUAUAUAUUUUUUACUUGUUUUUAUAUACAAAUUCUAUACUGUGCCUAUGACCAGAGAACUUCCACACAAUUGCUGUUGUAAGGCACUGCACAGAAGGACUUACACUUGUGGCGUGACUACUACCAUGUGGCUCAAUGUUUUUAUCUUCAUCCCCUUUUGUGUUUUGCGAUUUGUGUUGCUAUGUUUUUACUGUGCUUUUAUCAUUACUACAAGAUCUCGUUUCUUCCCAAAAUCUAUUUUAGUCCAAAUAUUUCUCGGUACAUUUCUAUAGGAGAGAAUCACUAUACACAAAACAGCCAUAUGUUAUAUUCAAUAAGAAAGUGCCUUGUCUUCUAAACAUUGUGGAGGUUCUACCAGUAUUAAAGAGGUAGGGGCUGGCGAUAGCAUUGGGGCACUAUUACUUUGUGACUCGAUAGGCUACAUUAUCAUGAAUAUUGGCUCAAUCUACAACAAGACUUGCCUCCGCUAUUCCUAAGGGAUGGGUACACAUUGGAGGGGAGAGGUAUCAAGCCUUGGAGACAUAAGUACAAACCAAUAAAUCCGCUCCUGUCAUUUUUCAAACACAUCUUGUAAAGUGACAGAAGCUGACUGGUUAGUACUUUAUCUGUCUCCACUUUAUACCUCUUUAAGGUUUGGCACAUCUUCCGCUGGGACAAGAAAAUAAUCGGGCGCGCGUGCUACUGUAACUGAUGCAAACUUACAAAUUUACUGAAGGACAACAAUCAUACCUCAUAAACUUCUAUGGUGCUUGCUUUGGACAGUAAACUAUAGAUCAAUCUAUUAAACUGUUGCAAUGUGCAGAUUUCCCUUACGUUCCUUAUUAUGCAUUACAUCAUCAUAUUACAAGUAAUUGAUGGUGUGUAUUUGUAAACCACUGCCCUGUAAAGGAUUUCUACGUCCAGGACAAAAUAUGUAGUGUUGGGUGAAGUUUAGUGACUGCAAAUAAAAAAAAACUUAGGGGAUGAUUCAGACCUGAUUGCUAUGCUGCUAACUUCGCUGUCCUCCAGAUGUCGCCGGCCAAGGGGAGUGUAAAUUUGCCCCGUGCAAGUGUGCGAUUGCAUAUGUACGCCGAGCUGCAAAAAUCCACUGUUUGCAGUCUCUGCGCAGCCCAGGACUGACUUACUCCUACAGUGCGAUGAGAACAGGCUGAUCGGGGCCGGAGCUGACGUCACACCCUCCCUGAAAACUCUUGGGAACGCCUGCGUUUUUCCGGACACUCCCAGUAAACGGUCAGUUGCGACCCACAAGCAACCUCCUCCUCAUUCACCUUGCAAACGCCCGUGCGAUCAGAAUUUUCUCUCAUCCUGUCGCUGGUCACGAUGCCUGUUUGGCGACAUGUGUGCACAUUGCGGUGCAUGCGCAGUCUAUCGCUGAUUGCCCGCUGUGCGCAAAUGCACAGCAGUGACCAGAUCUGAAUCAUCCCCUUAGUAUGUUCAGUUUGCAUCAUCCAUCAAAGGCAUGGGGGGCCCUAGUGCAGAGAAAGGGACAUGAAAGGUAACUAUGACAUUUUUGUUCAAACUCCUUGAACUUCACUAAAUAGUUAGGGUUGAGUGGCGUUCUCCUUUUAAGUCUCACUAUGUGAUCUGUGCUUAUUGUUCAAUUUUAUUUAGUAACAUGGUAAAAAUUUUACAAAUAUCUUGUUACUCAUUGUAACUGCCUCCUGGCAUUUGUUAUGUUAUCCAAUACGUGGCAUGAUUAGGGUGGGGGCCGUUGUAAUUGCUUCCAGGUGCUAAAGUCACUUUUUGAGGUAGACGUUCCUAAAGUAAGGUUCUUCCCAGUCAAAUUAAACAGUCCUGAAAAUGCUAGCUCUUGCUGUUAUAAUUUAAUUUGGUUGUUAAAGACGUGAGAACAAGCUUCAAAAUUAGUAGUGGCCAGGACCCGUAGUGAGAGACUGUCCAUAAUGUGCAGGGGCAGUCAUAGACUGUAACUGUCUAUUUUUGUCCCAAGAACUGACACUGUCUUAAUAUUGACUCAUUUAUGUUUGCAAAAUGCACUUUUCGCUAUAAUGUUUAAGCCAUGGACUUUAGAAGUUUAAAUAUUUUUUAGAGGAUUAUUAAACAAGGCAAAAAAAUGACAUUAUAGGAAAGUUAAGUAAGCAUGCCACUAUGGUGAUUGUAGUGCACCAAGCUCCACCUAGUCCGUAUUGCCCAUGACAUACUUAGAUGCACCAGAUAAGUAGCAAAUUAUGUCUGCAUCCAUGUGACUCAUUUAUGACACUGUUAAGGGGGGUACACACGGAGAGAUCCGUGCUUAAAUUCUAAGAAACCUGACUAGAUUGCUUAGAAGUUAAGCACGGAUCUCUCCGUGUGUAUGCCCCAUAGCGAUGCGCAGCCCUGUGCGUCACGAUCACCGGUACUAGAUUGGCCCCCUUCCCUUGCUCAGCACACAUCGCGCUGUGUGCUGAGCGGCCUGUGAUAGAUCGCUCAGCACACAUCUCUCCCCGUGUGUACUGGCCUUUAUGAGAGCCGUAUUGACAAUUCUCAUGCAGACCUGGGGUGACAACUGAUAGGUACUCUUGCAGGCAUCCUCAUUCGGUAAGAGGGUAUAAAGUUAAUGUUUAAAUGGGUCUCAACAAGUCUUGAGCUAGAUUACGAUGAUCCUUUAAGUCAGUAGUUGUGUACUAGGGCUUCACUGCCAAAUAGGUGUAUGAAGAACACGCGGGAUCUGCAGUGACAAGAAUGGACUAUCCUGUAUUAUGUAAGGUUCACGUGAUGCCCCAUCCCAUAACGACAGUCUAUGCUAUAGUGGGUAGGUUAUUGUUAUAGUAGGUAAGGUUACAGAUUAAAUGGUUAUGGUAACCCAUUAGUAAAUGGGACACAAUGGAAUCAGGACUAAUGAAGUUUGUGAAGGCAGUGUUACCAUUCCACAGGAACAGGUUUCAUUCAUCCUUUAUAUAAAUCCAAGUUACUGUAUUUAUUAAACUUGGGGUUGAUGUAUAAAGCAGUGAACAAAGUGGAGGAGUGGACCAAUCAGCUUCUAUCUAUCAUUUUACAGAAUGUUCUUGAUAAAUACUAUGUAAAAGCUUAUUGGUUACUAUGGGCAGCUACUCCACUGGUCCACUUUUACACACUCUUCACCACUUGAUGCAUCCCCUCAAACCACCUGAGUGCCUAAUUGGCAGUCAUACUGCACACAAGUUCCAUAAGUAAUGUGUUCCAUUAGUGAUCUGUACAUGUGACGGUUGUAGUAAGACAUUAGUAAGUUGAGAUGUCAUGGUCACUGGGUUUUCUGCAAAACAUACCUCAAAAGCUGCACCUCACGUCUACACUAACCAUAGCUUUAGGAAAUGGCCGCUGUGUUAAAGUUGGGAAAAGUUUACAUCGUUUACAGAACAUUUCUAUUUUGUAAUUCCAUUUGUGCCCGUGUUUCAGAGGUUUGGACAGUGGCUCUCAAACUGUGUGCCAUGGUCCCUUGGGGUGCCUCAGGACACUUGCAUGGUGGCCCAGGACCAAUUAAAAUUAUUUAUUGUAAAUGUAAUAUGCAAAACCAGUGCUGGUGGCUGCCAAUCAUAAAAUAUGUGGACAAACAGAAGCAAAUAGUGUCCCUCACCACACAACGAACCCAAAAGAUGAUACAGGUUGAGUAUCCCAUAUCCAAAUAUUCCGAAAUACGUUAUUUUUUGAGUGAGAUAGUGAAACCUUUGUUUUUUGAUGGCUCAAUGUACACAAACUUUGUUUAAUACACAGUUAUUAAAAAUAUUGUAUUAAAUGACCUUCAGGCUGUGUGUAUAAGGUGUAUAUGAAACAUAAAUGAAUUGUGUGAAUGUACACACACUUUGUUUAAUGCACAAAGUUAUAAAAAAAUAUUGGCUAAAAUAACCUUCAGGCUGUGUGUUUAAGGUGUAUAUAAAACAUAAAUGAAUUGUGUGAAUGUACACACACUUUUAUAACUUUGUGCAUUAUACAAAUAUUGACUAAAAUGACCUUCAAGCUGUGAGUAUAAGGUGUUUAUGAAACAUAAAUGUUUUCUGAGCUUAGACUUAGGUCCCAUCGCCAUGAUAUCUCAUUAUGGUAUGCAAUUAUUCCAAAAUACAGAAAAAUCCGAUAUCCAAAAUACUUCUGGUCCCAAGCAUUUUGGAUAAGGGAUACUCAACCUGUAUAUAGACACAAUUUACUUAGUUUAAUUUUUCAAAAUUUCUCAAUAAGAAACAUUUGGCCUAGGGGUGCCGUAAAAAAAAUUCUGAUGCUCUAGGGCACCAUGAUUGAAAAAAGUUUGGGAACCACUGGGCUAGGAAAUGUUUUGUAUCAUUGAUUCUGGACUUCUUCACAUCCUAUGUAGGAACCAUUGUAUUUCCAAUGUGCAAGUUCUCCUUCAGCCUGCGUAACUAAAAGCCACUGUGGAAUCGCUUAUUUAUCUUUAUUUUAAACCAUCAUUGUCAUAAUUUUCACUAAUUGCAUUAAUGCUCCUAUUACCAAACCUCAGCCUCCUCCUUGAAAUCAUUAAAGGGACACAAUACAGUAUUAGCUAAAAUGUUUCAUAAUGCAGAUACUGUAUGCAGAAUAUUCCCAGCAGUUAGCAGAGGCAGUCCUUGCAAACUUUAUGCUGAAACAUUUGUUGUUUUAAAAAUGAAAUAGGUUUUGUAGAGUAUUUUGCAAAGUAAGUGUUCUUUUAACCCUGCUUGUUGCUUUGUUCAAAAGUUAUUGUUUGAGAAUACUGUAGUUUCCUGUAGUAUUUUGGAUACUUUGGGGCUGAUUCUGGAUAGAGAGGAACUCGGAAUAAAAAGCAAGUAAAUUUGCACCUUGGCACAACUUGGUAAUGCAGGUGGAGAAGAUUUAAGAUGCAUACCUCCCAACUGUACCGAUUUUGGUAGGGUGCUUCCAUUUUUCGGACACUGUCCCACCCACGAGCCACAUUGUCCCAUGGUGGGGGGAGGGGGAGGGGGGGAGAUCAGUGGUGAAUAGAUGCUGAGCACAUUGCCACAAAAUCUAUUCCUGAGAGAGAGGGUCUUGGGGCAUGGACAGCAGCUCCGGGAGCGCUUGGUUUGCCUCCACAGUGACUGAGAACAGGGACAUGACCCACGAUAGCAGUCAUUACCAUAAGGUCACUCCUCCUAGCCACAAGGCCAUGCCCCCUAAUUUUGGGCACUCAUAUCUUUCCCUCUAUGUACAAUGUGAAUGUUGGGAGGUAAGAAGGUGUGCAGAGAAAAAAAAAUAUUUGCACCCCUUGCAUUGCAACAUGCUUUGCCCAGGUACAAAGUUACGUAUGAUGUCUUCUCAGCCUGAAAACUAUAGUACUGCCUAACUCUUACUAAGGGUUUGACCAGUCUUCUUUUAGUAAAUACCAAUCCCUACUUUUGACAGACCUCAACAGCCGAGCUCUGAAAAGAAGUUACAUAGCUGCUGUAUAUAGCCGCAUAUGAUUGUGAGCUGUCCUCUAUGGCACUGAUCUAGCCCCUCUGCUCUGGAAUGUUCUACUAUCCCUGUCCAAAGCAAGGAUUGGUGUAUACUGAGAGGGGUGGCCUACUUCUCCUUAAAACGUGCUAAUACAUUUAUCGAAAUAUCUAUGGAAAAUAAACACUACUUGUUAAUGUGGUCUGUAUUCCUUUUAUGGAGCACAACACACCUUGUCAGACAUUGAAAUGACAACAGUUGUGAUUGUGCUAAAUUGUACAUAGUAUACCGGUUACCUGCACAAAGUGGAGGGAGCCAUUAUGCCGACUGAAAAAAUAUUUGCGCCUUACUGUCGUAAUAAAUUCCCAGUGAAUACAAGCUGCAUUCUCCUGAAUAUUGCAUCGGCCAACAACAUGGCCGUGCUUCCACUGUAACUGACCCAAGAGACUGCAGUUAAGCACUGGUGAAAUUACUCCCUACUUCUCUUAUGUGCUUAUUGCCACUGAAACUAUUAUUUCACAUUUGUUUUUGUCCAUGAAAUCAUUUUCUCCAUUUCUUUUUUGUUAUUUUAUAAAGUACAUUAGACAUAAGCCUUGGAACAUUUAUAACUUCAUUUACUGCUAAACUUGUGUAGCAGAGGUGAAUGUUUAUUCAGAGUGAGUCAUUCCCAUGUCUGUCUUACUAUAGUGAAUAAUGUUCUUUGUCCAUUUUGUGGUGGUGUCUCUGUAAUGCUGCAAUCUGUGCAUAUUUAUUGUCCGUUAGCAAACAAAUAACGAGUGCCUUGGUCUUUUUUCUAUUGUAAACCAUGAUUUUACCAAAGAAAUGUUUUUUGCACUGUGUAACAAUUGCUUCUUAAAUAAAUAGGCCAUAUUUCAAAA